AUGGCCUCCGACCUCAUUACCAGCACCAAUUCUGCGGUAGAUGAUAUGCAGUUCCUGGUGGACUGUGGAAGUAUUAACAUCGAACAAUUUGUUCUGCUGUUAUUUAGGUUAAGAAAUCUUAAAAUAUUCCUUGUUUUAACUAAAAAGUUGGGCAACGAUCCAAGUCUGGGAUCUUUCUUCCAAGUGGUUGAAGAUGUUGUUUGUAAAGAAGCAGGGGUGGUUCGCACUUUACGUCUCUUUUUGACUGGUCUAGCUACGGGUGAGCAAGCUAACGCUGCUUUUGAACUGGAUGGUACCUUAAAGAUUGAGGACAAAACUUGGCAGGAACCAAUGGAUCAGCUCUACGUCAAAAUCUUGGAUACUCCGAGGCAAUCAAACUCUCUAACACCAAAUGAAGUUGAUGAUAUCUUGACUUUCUUGCUUCAGAAUCUCGGGGUAUUUCACAGCUUGGAAUGGGAACUCGACGGUGAAAUUCUAGGAGAGCCCGUCAAAGCCUUGGAAGAACAGAUCAUAUUCUUGAGAAAUCUCUGCCUCUUCACCUUUGAGGAAGUAUCUAAAGUUGAUGAAGAGUUAUUGGCUCAUGUCGAAACUAUUUCAAUCAAUGCUGCAUAUCUCCUAUUCAAGUGUGAUGCCGACAAGGGCGAUAAAAGUGCUUGCCAAGAUUUGCUGUUCAAGAUUUCAUCAUUGAUGAAAGAAAUCAAACCUAUUGAUCCUCAGGUCUACGAGACUUACAUUAAGGUGUUGAGUGGCUCAAAGGUCAGGAGAAGGUCACUUCUCCCUGCUGAUGGAGAGAAGGACAAAGAACACUGUCGCGUGAAAGAAUUCUUGAAUUCUCUCAUUUCUAAUCUUUGGGAGAGGCUACAACAACUUAAUUCUGAUGAUGUGGUUUCUCUGCCGGAUCAACUCCGCGAGCUCUACAAAGGACUUGGAUCCUUGGGAAUCAUUCUCACCCAGCUGCCUAACGCCGUUGAGUUGAAAGCUAAAGACCACAUUUUUUAUGUGGUGUGUGAUGCUGGAGUCUUGAUUUGCUCGCUGUACCAGACACAUCAACAACUGGACGAUGGAAUUCAGCACUUGUUGAAAGCAAUAAGGCACAUUAUAUCGGAUCUUGGUGAAAAAGGGGCGCACAAACCGGAUUCCAACAUUCCUAGCACUGCUCCAUUGUCAUUUGUCGAUUCUUUAGUCGAAAGGCUAAAGGAGAUGACAAGGUGUGAAACUGAAACAAAUUCAAAGAGUCAUCCCCUAACUAUUGAAAAAGAGCUCGUCUAUUUAAGGUCAUUCUUGGGACACAUCAUGGAGUUGCGUCAUGAACAGGAGGAAGUCCAAACUCUUUGGGACCAUGUUUUGGAGUUAGCGUAUCGGGUAGAGUGUCUUGUCGACUACUUAGUGGUUGGUGAUCUUUCAGAUACUUUUUCAGAAGCAUUUGAUUCCAUCAUGAAGGGCAUCAAGAAUAUCAAGCCACAAAUCGAGGUGCGCCAAGUAGAAAUCAAAAUGAAGGGAGUAACCAUGGCUCAUAGCUAUCAUGCGCCAUAUCAAAGAAUUCCUUCAUCAUUAAAUAAUGAGGUCGUUGGGUUCCUUGAUGAGGCAAAAUCAAUUAAGAAUCGGCUCACGAGGGGAUUGAAGCAACUACAAAUUGUAGCCAUUGUGGGUAUGCCAGGCCAAGGUAAGACGACUUUAGCUGGAAAAGUUUACAAUGACCCUUAUGUUUCACACCAUUUUUUAGUCUCUGCACAGACUACUGUGUCCCAAAUAAUGGACAAAAGAAGGGUUCUCUUUAACCUCUUGAGCCAAAUUGAUCCCAAAAAAUGUUCUGAAUUUACUUCUGAACGGGAUUUAGUAGAGAAGGUCUGGCGCAGCUUAAAAGGAAAGAGAUAUCUCAUCUUUUUGGAUGACGUAUGGGAAGCUGAGGCGUGGAAUAGCUUGAAAGAAGCAUUCCCUGAGGAUCAUUUGGCAAGUAGAAUUAUGUUGACGAGUCGUCAGCAUGAUGUUGCUCCCGAUGAAGAACCUCACGAAGUUAGACCACUGAAUGAAGAAGAGAGCAUGGACCUAUUGCAAAGGAAGUUGUUCAAUGGAAGUUGCUGGCCCAGUGAAUCUGUUGAUUUUGGUAACCAAAUUGCCAAACUCUGUAAGGGACUUCCUCUAACAAUCGUGAUUAUAGCUGGUGUUCUAGCAACCACAAAGCCGGAGUGUUGGAAAAAUAUUCUGAGUGGUUUAAGGUCAGGCAUCGUUUCAAGCACAGAACAGUGCAGAAACUUACUGGAACUCAGCUACAGCCAUUUACCAGAGCAUUUGAGGCCCUGCCUUCUUUAUUUCGCAGCAUUUCAAGAAGAUGAGGAGGUUUCAGUCAGGAGAUUACUUCGUUUAUGGAUAGCUGAAGGAUUCGUUCGCAAAGUUGAGAUGAAGUGUGUUGAAGAUGUUGCUGAGGACUACCUGAAAGAUUUAAUCGGGAGAAGCUUACUUACAGUUGCAAAACAAAGAUCCAUAGGAGGAGUGAAAGCAUGUUGCAUCCAUGAUUUGCUCCAUGAAUUUUGUUUGCAAAAAGCCAAAGAUGAACGGUUCUUCUCUUUCCUUGGAGUAGGUGCUGAUAAAGUUUUGGCAUUCCACGAGCUACACAACCUGCGAAGAUUAUGCGUUAACUCUGAUCCGAAGCAUUUCAUAAGCACAAGUGAGUAUUUCCCGUAUGUUCGUUCUCUGCGCUUCAACUAUGACGCGCACCAAGUCCCUCAAGAUCUAUCCUUCAUAUUUAACAUUUGCAAACUGUUAAGAGUUUUGGAUUUGGGGCAAAUCAAUAUAGGUCGUGUGUUUCCAAGUGAAAUAGGGUUGCUUGUGCAAUUGGCCUUCCUGGCAAUUCGAGGUUAUGUGAGGGAUAUCCCACCAUCAGUUGGAAACCUUUCUAAUCUGGAGACUUUGAAUUUAUAUCAAAUAGCAGUAGCCAAGCCAAUCUCCUUACCAGACAGUUUCUGGAAUCUUCAGAAACUAAGGCAUCUUUUCAUGACAAGUCCUGGUGGAAUAUUUCGUUUUGAAAGUCUUGUUGGAUCAUCUGAUUUAUGUGAGUUAGAUAGAGUUUCCGGUCUAGCUAUUCCUUACGGAGCUAACUUAGAAGGUUUACUGAAAAAGUUUCCAAACGUCCGUAAGUUGAAAUGCUUCCUUUUGGAGUUCCUUGACAAAGUAGAAAAUCAUGUAAAGAUAAUAGUUCCUGACUUUUUGAGCCAACUAGAAUCACUUGGUAUGUCAUUGUUCUACAAUGAUGACCCACCUGAAGACAUCAAGAUGAAGUUUGAGUUCAUUCUGCCUGCAAAUGUGAAGAAAUUGAUGCUGUCAGGGCUUUGUUUGUAUAGGGAGUGCCUUUCAAUUAUUUCUAGGCUGCCAAACCUUGAAGUCCUCAAACUAAUAGCUGUAAGUUUCGAAGGGGACACUUGGGAACUGGAAGAAGAGGAAUUCCCCAAACUCCGAUUCUUGAAAUUGCAUUCUUGGAGUCUACGCUCGUGGAGUGCUUCAGAGAAUCCAUUUGGCUGUCUUGAGAAGUUGGUAUUGAGGAAGUGUGUACUUUUGGGAGAGAUGCCUAGUUGUCUGGAAAAUAUCUCUACGCUUGAAGUGAUCCAGGUCAAAUAUUGUUCUGACACUCUACUAGAGCUAGUAGGAAAGAUUAAGGAAGCACAAGAAGACAACGGAAAUUCAGAGCUGAAGAUCAUUACUUCCUUAUCUGACUGAUUAUUCUGCACCAACUUUUGCGGUUUGGAAUGUGUGAUGAUGGCGAUC